AUGCGUGCCACGACCACUCUUAUUGCUGCUGCCGCUGUUGCUACACCUCUUCUUGUUAGUGCCACCCCUUCUCCAUCCUAUACCGACCUAUAUGCGCGCGAGGAGUUCGCACCGUAUGUGUCGGCCCGCAACGCGUAUGGCGCGGAUGCCAUAUUCCGCCGUGGCAAUACAUUCAGUAAGCCGAUAAAGCCCGCGGACUCUGAUAAUGGCAUGCCGCCCCCAGACAAAUCGCGAUCUCGCAAUCGCAACAAUCGCAACGGCGAUUUUGCUUCGCACCAGUAUAAACCGCCGGUAGAUCAGUCUCGGCCAGCUCCUGGGUUGCGUCUCUCGCAACGCAAGCGCGAGGAUCUCCACACGCGUGCAUUGUUACUGCGAGCGCUGCUUGAGGAGCUUGACUGA